AUGUCAGACUUAAUCGAGCGUCAAAACCUCUUUCUUUCAACGUCGCCUGCCGGACUUCUUCCCCGCCGUCGUUCGGAUGUAAGUCACAUGAUGACGAUGACGACAAAAUCCAUCGGCGAUAGACCUGUCGCAGGAAAGUUUUUCCCCGCGGCGCCUGACUCGAGGUCGCACACGCCGCCGCGGGUACCAAUGUCGCAAAGAGGAUGUCUUCUGCUGCUGCUGCUGCUGUUCGGUUUGGCCGCGCUGAGGGAGGCGUCCACGUCCGGCGAUACUGGCGAUGCCGUUCGCGAGGGCGAAUCCUCUCGCCGGGCGUCGCAUCACCGGCAGAAGCGGGUCUUCUGGUUCACGAACGACGGACGGAUCGCCCUGCCACCCGGCACCGUCAUGACGAUCACGCCGACGCUGGCGUUACCCUUCGUCCGGCAUCCGCCUUACGGCUUCCUUAGCAACAUGACCAUCAGCCUGCCGUUCACAAUCGACUUCGACAAGCUGGGCCUGACGGACAACGAGAAUCCGUACGGCGCUCUGCCGCCGAGCUUCGACAGGAAGCUGAACAGCCGGCAGGCCGGCAUGAUGAUGGCAGACUUCAUCGCGGCAUUCAUCAAGCGCAGAUUACACAAGCGGGACAUGUCGGAGGUGCCGAAGAACGCGUUCCACGGCGGCGAACGGGCGCUGCUUUACGGCACCACCGAGGAUAUGCUGUCCACGCUGGGAAUGAACGGGAAGGCAUGCCUCUUGAGAGCGAUUUGCGAGGUCCAGGGACACCAUCUGAACAACUUCGGGCUGAUCGGCGAAAUGCUGAAGCUCUUCUUCACCGCCAGCCGAUCGCCGUUUGCGAACCUCCUCAAGGAAUACGUCGAGGCGGAAAACCGCGGGAAAUUUCACGGCGAGUGCUGGCCAUACUUCAAGGACUGCCCGAAAUCCUUAUUUCUGCCAUCCAGCAACAAGUAUCAGAAAGAUUCGUCGCAUGACGAGGAGGGCGACGAGGACGAACAUUGGAAUCAAAUCUCCAACGAUCUCGACGAAGAGCCCCUCACGAGGAUAUCGGGACAGAACACGGACACCGUACAUCCCAUGUAGCUUUAUAAUUAUUGUAUGUAGUUGUACAAUUAUAAUUGUUCUCAGGUGUUUCCUUUCGCCCGAGUGCAGAUUUUCUAACAAAUUCGCUCUUAAAGAGCGAAUGGAAACUGACUUGUUCUCGUUACCGAAGUUAAUCGCGUCUUUAUUCAGCCCUCAAUCGCUCGACUUUGAAUCCAUUGCGUACGAGAGAAGAUACCAUUUAAUUAAUAUAGAUUAGAAAUCGCAAUUAUUACUAAUUAACGCACGGUUAACGCUUUGUAUCUUCCGAGACGCGUGGGAAAAAUUCGUAGGUGCUUGCAAAGGAAGGCUGUUAAAUAAGAUAACAGAGCUGGUUGAUUACAAAGAGAUUACCAUUAUCGUGACCAUGAUAACGUGAUAGAUUGAAUUCUCGGGCGAGAAUACACGUGUAACGUUGCAUACAUGUAGUGUCCGUAUACGCGAGAAACCAUCAAAAGUUUUGGCUAGUCGGCCAAACGGCAUUGUGUGUAAAAUAUGUGACACACUAACGAUCGUUGUUUUAAGUGUUUCGCUGUUUUGUACAGCGUAAAGAGAAUACUUCGAUUUUUUUUAGCCAUAUAUAAUUCUACGUGUAUGAUACGACUGUUCGUCAGAGAUGCCUAUGAAGCGAGGGUUCAGAGGCUUUCUUCUUCUUCUUCUUCACCUUUGAAGUUUAGAUUUUGAUGGAAUCUGAGUACCACGGUUUCUGAACUUCAAAAAAAGGGGGAGGCUUUCUACAAUAAGUCGUUUAAUUAUUGAUAUCAUAAAUCGUAAGAAUUGACUAAUCGCAGUCGAAUGUGAGGGAAAUACUCUCGACUUCUUGCAGAUAGCCCCUCAGGCCUGUGAUUUAUGCUUCAAUCUUAUUGUUAAUCUUAAAAUUAUAAACAACCAAUGAGAAUAUACAGAUUUUGGCUGGGAGGACUGCCGCUCUAUUGGGUGACAUCUAAGAAUUUUAUAAGAUCGAAGCGUAAAUUAAGCCGGCACUCACAGACAUUUUUGACCACGUUAAAAUUUGGCACAAACCAAUCGCAGCCAUAUAUACUGUGUCACAGCGCUUAAAAGCUAAGCCUGUAGGCACCAGUCGCUGUGAGUGGUUGGGUCCAAUGAUCGUAAUGUGGUCAAUGGGGAUCCUCUUUUGGCCGGCUCAACUCUCGUCCGAGGCCAGGCGCCAUGUGAAAAAGAAGAAGAAUGGUGAUCCUUCCCGCUAACGGUCGACGACCAUUUGGUCGCCGCUUGCCACUACAUUCUUUUUACAUGUCGUUCUGCGAAACGGCACCCUUGCUGUUCUUGCGACACCGGGACAGGACUCACGAUCGGAGGCACGAGCGAACAAUGAAGUGUCGGUUCCAUAUGCGCUUGUGUGAUCGUAUAAGAAUGAGUGAACUUGAAUAUUUCCUCUUGCGCAUACGUAUAUAAUUUUAUUUAUUUAAUUUAUAUGUUAAUAAUUUUAUAUAUAUAUAUUAUUUCGAGCGAAGCGUCGUGUAUAUAGUUAAAUUCUUUUGUUAGAGAACUAUCUCUAUAGGAAUGAUUUUAAUUUAAUUUCUUUCACACGUAAGAUUAAAUCUUAAUCUAAUCUUGUUAGGGUACAUCUACAAUAAGAGUAGCAAGUCGUAAGCCGUAAGAAAUUAAUCAAUCAAUAAUCGAUUAUGCUUAUCAUAUAAUUCGACUGUGAUUCUUCAAUUUUUUGUGGCUUACGAUUUACUACUAUCAUUGUAGACGAUCCUUUAAUCAAAAUUCUAACGUUCUAAUUUAAGUUUCCUCGUGAUUCUGAACAUUAAUUGGUAUCAGAGAUAUAUAUGUAGAUAUACUUUAUAGAAAUGUCCUACCCAGUAAAUGGGAAUAAAGAAUUAAAAUUUUGUAAUUUAUGGAUUGAAA